CGUCACCAUCCGUCCGUUUGCAGAUUCGUCGCUUCAUUCCUCGAUGGCCGCCUCCGCUGUCGUCCGCCGCCUCUCCAGCGCUCCGCUACACGAUCACCGCCUCCUACGACCCUUCUCCACCACCGGAAGCGAGUCAACGAUCACCGUCGAGACCAGCGUCCCCUUCACUGGCCACAAGAUCGACCCACCAUCGCGCUCUGUAGAGACCACCCCCUUCGAGCUCCUCUCCUUUUUCCGCGAUAUGUCCCUGAUGCGCCGCAUGGAGAUUGCGGCCGAUUCUCUCUACAAGUCCAAGCUUAUCCGCGGGUUCUGCCACCUCUAUGAUGGGCAAGAGUCGAUCGCCAUCGGCCUCGAGGCGGCCAUCACUAAGAAGGACGCAAUCAUCACCGCCUACCGUGAUCACUGCAUCUACCUCGGGCGCGGAGGAACCCUCGUUGAAUCCUUUGCGGAGCUCAUGGGUCGCCGCGCAGGGUGCUCGAAGGGGAAAGGCGGGUCGAUGCACUUUUACAAGAAGGAAUCAGGGUUCUUUGGUGGCCAUGGGAUCGUGGGUGCCCAAGUGCCGCUCGGUUGCGGUCUCGCCUUUGCUCAGAAGUACUUGAAGGAAGGGACUGUGUCCUUUGCGUUGUAUGGUGACGGCGCUGCUAACCAAGGGCAGCUUUUCGAGGCUCUUAACAUAUCGGCACUUUGGGAUCUUCCGGCCAUACUGGUCUGCGAGAACAAUCAUUACGGUAUGGGGACUGCUGAAUGGCGUUCUUCAAAGAGUCCUGCCUACUAUAAACGAGGGGAUUAUGUACCUGGUUUGAAGGUUGAUGGAAUGGAUGUUCUGGCUGUGAAGCAAGCUUCAAAAUUUGCGAAGGAGUAUGCUCUGAAAAAUGGACCAAUCAUUCUUGAGAUGGACACUUACAGAUACCAUGGGCACUCCAUGUCGGAUCCUGGGAGCACUUAUCGCACACGUGAUGAGAUUUCCGGCGUGAGACAGGAGCGUGAUCCUAUCGAAAGAAUUAGGAAGCUGUUACUCUCCCAUGAGAUAGCCACAGUCUCUGACCUCAAGGACAUUGAGAAAGAAGUCAGAAAAGAGGUAGAGGAGGCCAUUGCCCAAGCAAAGGAGAAUCUGAUGCCUGACCCUUCUGAGUUAUUUACCAAUGUUUACGUCAAAGGUUUCGGUGUGGAGUCAUUUGGCGCGGAUAGGAAAGAGGUGAAAGCCAUUCUUCCAUGAUGAUUGCAAACAGCAAAUCGUUCAAUAUUUUGUGUCCAUGUGUUGAAAUCUCUAAUAAAUAAGCUUGAAAAUAAAAAAAAUUCUGGCUCUUUGGAGUCGAUACAGGUUUGGAUCAGCUUAACUAAGUCAGAAUUUUCAAUUUUGCAAUGAGCAUCACUUUGAUCUGUAAUUUACAGGCUACCAAUCUAUAUUGGUCAGUAACCUCUAAUCUGCACUGCUUGUGCAGAAUUUUCUUCAUGGUGUUCUUCUUUUGUUAGUGAUUCAAUCAGAAAAUGAUUCUUUCAGCAGAAAUGUCAACUUUCUAUUGUUUCCUGAGAUCUUGGAUUCAAAAUGUUUAUAUUUUCUAUUGGCAGUUACAAAAGUUUCUGAUGACUAUGAUUCAUAUGGUUACAUGGUAAUAUAGUCAGCUAAUACAAGCAAAAAUCCCAUCACUUCUCAACAUUCAAUAACAUUUAAAACAAAACAAACAUAACAUUUGUAAUAGCUAUAUAUUAUAAUGUUCACAAUCCUAAAGCUGUUUAUAUGAAACAGAUAAACCUGACCGACACAAAAAUAUGCAUCAUUGGCACAUCAAAUUUCACCCUUAGGUGCUAAGCAUUCUCUAUGUACACUUUUCUAUAGAGAUUAUAACAGGGACCCAACUUCUUUUUUCCUCCAGCAAUUUACAAAGAACGCGAACAUGUACAAUGCAAAUCAAACAUCCCCCUGCAUUUCAUUUUAGGAUAUAAAAACCUAAUGGUUUCAAGAUGCACCUCUGCAAUCUAAGUUUUGUGUACCCUUGUCUUCAUUGUUAUAACAAUCCUCCUUAUGAACAUAAACACAACUGACAAGGUCUUCCAAAUUUUGCGAGGUUUGGUGUGCGCAGCCGUAACUGGCAGAUCUGCUGGUGAGCCAGAAAUGAGAUUAGUUAAGUAAUGGAAGUUUUCUUCACCGUGGAAAGCUUGACUGCUGCACUCGUCGAAGAGAGAAGCGCUAUGAUUAUCAAGGGGGUAAGUAUCAAAGUCUCUGAUACCCAUGGGGAACACAUCAGGUGACAGAAUGCCAGAGUGAGCAAAACCAAAGGCAUCGUUCUUGAUGGGACUGGGGAAGCUACUAAACAGGUUUUCUGCUCCAUAGAAAGAAAUUGAAGGCUCAGGCAGAGAGGUCCCCAGAAUUUCAUCUUUAUCGUAGGUUACAACAUCAUUCCAAUGUUCAGAUGCUUGUUUCCCAAGAGUAAGUGCUUCUAUCUAAUUAGACAUCGACAAGUUAGGGAUAUGUUAAGAGUAUGCAAAUAAGGGAAAUACACACCUUUGCGUUAUUUUGGAGCUCAGAAAGCGGGAUAAAUUGCUGCUCCGAGUAGGUACCGAGCACUUCUCCAACAACAUUGAAGACGAACCCAGUUUUCCUUUGGCCAUUUGGGUAGUAUACAUGCACCUCGUCGCCAAGAAAACAUGUUCGGGCGUGAUCGACAGUGACUUCCCACAUCUUAGCAGACAUUCCACUGCCUAAAAUCUGCAUUGACAAUAUAAUAUGCAAAGGAAGAGUGUUAUCAUGAAAAAUUAUUGUAGAAAUUCUAGUGCUGCAGAAAUUAUUUAAAAAAGGUUCCAAUAUC